AGAACAUAACUUAUAAUCGACUUGAAAAGACAUUUAUAUUUAAAGUAAGAAAAAAACCCGGAAUCCCAUAUAUUGCUUUAAAUACCCCGUGUAAUCAGUCUCAUUUCUUUUACCGAAUUGUAUAUGUUUCCUUGAAAUGUAGCGAAGCCGGCGACCAGCUUCUCUGAGGUUCUUGAGUAAACAAGACGUUUAUGAGUCGCGAAACAUGUUUCACCAACUUGUAACAAGCGAGAACAAGCAAAACCACUAGAAAAGGUGGAAACUUGCUACUUGAAAGAGCAAACACCAUUUCAAAGAUAGCUAUUAAUUUUAAUGACGUACAGAGCGAAUUCUAACAGUUUAAAACUACAGCUCCGCGCUCUUCCACUGAAAUGAAAUUACCCAACGAAAACAAUGUCAAAGCCACAACUUCUUCGUUCGGUUCCAGGCAGCUUUAGUGCAAGAAAAUAACUAAACUUCUCGCUAAGAUAUUUGACAAUCCUGGCAGCUAAAUUCCCCGAGGUGAGAAGCUUUAGUUUGUUAGCCUGUCAGUUCUUUUGUUUUGUCCGGUACAUGAUGAAAUGGUUCGAUGGAUUUUGAAGAAGAACAUCACACACGUCUUGAAAUAAAGCAGUAAAACAAAACCAAAAUUCUAAAGUUUCACGCUAGACUUUGUCGGUUGGUUUGUGUUCGUUGUUUCAUUUUCAAGCGAUCUUAUCACGGGUGCAAAAACGACUAAAAAGCUGUAAGAAGUCAUACAUAAAUUAUAUCAGUUUUAUUUCGCUGUUAAAAGAGCAGGAAUAGAAUCUUUCGAGUGAAAAGUCAAGAUUUUGUUUUAAACUUUGAAGUCUUUAAGCCGGAGUGAGUCCUGUGUUUUAGACUGAGAUUUAAAAAUAAGAUUAGUGUGCCGCUCGUACAGUUGCAAUGUUUUUACCUACGGUUUACAGUGAAUUUUUACUUUGUACAGUAUUUAAGGACAGCAUAUCACUUGCAGGCGAACUAACAAUGCUAUUGAAUAAUUGACAAGUUACGAGCCAAUGGGAGAGCUUGUUAUUCUUCGCAAAAAUCUCUGUUAAUUAGUCAGCGACAUUUAAGCGCUGGUUCUUUCUGUCCAGUGACAACAAUUUUACGUGAUCGCGAACUACACGAGUGUUGAGAAACUGCGCGUCCUGAAAAACUGAUUUUCCUCUAGAAAUAAUUCCUAAAACUGAUCCAACGAGGAAACGAAUCAUCAUUGUUAUGAGUGCUAUAUCUGAAAACGGUUCAUCCAGCAUUUCACCCCGUGCGCCCAAAUGCGCGCGUUGUAGAAAUCACGGAGUGGUCUCUUCUCUCAAAGGUCACAAGCAUUAUUGCAAAUGGAGGGAUUGCGUCUGCCCCAAGUGUUUAUUGAUAGCCGAGCGACAGAGAAUUACCGCGGCUAGAGUAGCUCUCCUACGCCACCAGACCAGAGUAGAGCCUUAUGAGCUUAGAGGAAGCGGGCCAUGUGCGAGUUACUCGCGCGCGAGCGGCGAUCACGAAGGAAACUUUCCAGCUUCACUCACGCACAGGAUUAACUCCGUUUUCUCCACAAAUCCGCCAGCCGAGCCCGUACGACCAGCUUCUUGCCCCAUCGCUGAAGGUAAUGAAGUAGACACAUUUCGGACAGAAGUUUCGGACAAGAAAAACGCGCAACAGCCUGUGUUUAUUAAGGAAGAGAAAGAGGAUCCAGAGUAUUCCAACAACGCCUCACUCCCUGUGGAUGAACAAGACGAUGAACCCGCGCCAAAGAGGUUAGCAAGGAGCGCCUCUCCACCUCAUGUCAACGGUGUUUGCCGCUCGCCAUCACCCCGCUUUCACGUGCACGACAACUGCCGGUCAUAUGUUGACCACAUGGUCAAAGAAAGCGAGAGACCUACGUUCCAGUUUCCAUGGAACUCUACAUUCCGCGAUCAAGAUGAUUUCGACUACACUGUCAAACUUCUGCAAAAGAGCCUCGGCGAAUCUACGUUGAAAAGAAGAAAGCCCCCUCGUCCAGUCGAGGUACUUAGCAAGGUAUUCCCCUCACACAAGGAGAACGUACUGGAGCUUGUUUUGAAAGGCUGCAGUGGUGAUAUAGUCCAGGCGAUUGAGUGCAUUCUAGCGGGCAAGAGUCACUCCAUUGACUUCCCAGAAGCAGUUCCUUCCCGUCUGCCUAGUGUCACUUUAAGUUCUUGCUUUCCCAGCAUGUCAUUCGCAGGAGUAAAACCAAGUAUAUUUCCUACUGCGCCACUCACUUUACCGCUGACGUCACACAACGCCGCCACCACGACAGCGGCGCUUCCACUGACUUCCAUGGGAGGUUUGUCUGCACAGGCGCAUGCCGAGUUGCGCUCUCGGCCUGCUCAUUUGAGAAGCCUCCCUAUACAGAAUCAUAGAUGCGAGAACGACGACGGAGAACGACAUGAAUUUAAUGCUACAAGCGGUCUUCUUAGACCUGCGUUUUUGUCAACCUAUUCAGGCUCACCGCCUCCAUCAAGGGAAAGCAGCUUUGCUGACAAUGAGGUGUCGGCCUGUUUCCGAUGUGGAACAAAACCUCGAUCUGGCGACAGGUUUUGUGGAAAAUGCGGGACGGACCUUAAAUAUCACUUUGUGAUUAUAAGAAAAGCUUGUUUAUCGAAAAAGAAAAACGCGCAACAGCCUGUGUUUAUUAAGGAAGAGAAAGAGGAUCCAGAGUAUUCCAACAACGCCUCACUCCCUGUGGAUGAACAAGACGAUGAACCCGCGCCAAAGAGGUUAGCAAGGAGCGCCUCUCCACCUCAUGUCAACGGUGUUUGCCGCUCGCCAUCACCCCGCUUUCACGUGCACGACAACUGCCGGUCAUAUGUUGACCACAUGGUCAAAGAAAGCGAGAGACCUACGUUCCAGUUUCCAUGGAGCUCUACAUUCCGCGAUCAAGACGAUUUCGACUACACUGUCAAACUUCUGCAAAAGAGCCUCGGCGAAUCUGCGUUGAAAAGAAGAAAGCCCCCUCGUCCAGUCGAGGUACUUAGCAAGGUUUUCCCCUCACACAAGGAGAACGUAUUGGAGCUUGUUUUGAAAGGCUGCAGUGGUGAUAUAGUCCAGGCGAUUGAGUGCAUUCUAGCGGGCAAGAGUCACUCCAUUGACUUCCCAGAAGCAGUUCCUUCCCGUCUGCCUAGUGUCACUUUAAGUUCUUGCUUUCCCAGCAUGUCAUUCGCAGGAGUAAAACCAAGUAUAUUUCCUACUGCGCCACUCACUUUACCGCUGACGUCACACAACGCCGCCACCACGACAGCGGCGCUUCCACUGACUUCCAUGGGAGGUUUGUCUGCACAGGCGCAUGCCGAGUUGCGCUCUCGGCCUGCUCAUUUGAGAAGCCUCCCUAUACAGAAUCAUAGAUGCGAGAACGACGACGGAGAACGACAUGAAUUUAAUGCUACAAGCGGUCUUCUUAGACCUGCGUUUUUGUCAACCUAUUCAGGCUCACCGCCUCCAUCAAGGGAAAGCAGCUUUGCUGACAAUGAGGUGUCGGCCUGUUUCCGAUGUGGAACAAAACCUCGAUCUGGCGACAGGUUUUGUGGAAAAUGCGGGACGGACCUUAAAUGUUAGCAGGGCCUCUAAAAAUGAACUUCAAGUUGUAAUUCGUUCCCUCGCGGCAAAUGUCUGCAGCUCAUUUUACAGAAGGACAAUAUAAAAUCGGAAUGUUGCGCAAUUUGGCGCGGAGAAACAAUUUUUACCAUCGUUUUCUGUUGUGUUGUUCACAGAUCACUUUGUGAUUAUAAGAAAAGCUUGUUUAUCGAAAAGUAAGGUUGUAUCAAAGAAAUACCAUGCAUGUGUUAACGGAAAAGAAAAUAAUUUUCACCCCAAUAUAUGGCCCUUUCACAUUGUAAAAACAUGGAAUGGAAUUUGCAACGGUUCUUCACCCAAGACAUUGGAAAUACGUUUAUUCUUCAGAGUUAAUAAAGCGUAGCAAUACCACUAACCUUUGACAAUAGAAACAGGUGUUUCUCCCGUGUCCUCCACCGCAAUAAAAAAGGACAGUUUGGGAACAAAAGCGUCUCAUAAAAGUCCCCUCCUUCUUAAUACGAGACAAGGGCUUAUUUUUGAAAGUUUAAAAAAUUUGUAUAAAAAGCAGCUGAGAAGUAAUUUAUGUCACAAUAAAGAGCUUAGUAUUUGGUAAUCAGCGGGUGGUUUGUGGGCCAGUUUAUUUUAACGUUAUCUUAACAACAAUUCCCGCUCCCCCACCCCCAGAGUUUGAUAGCCUUCAUUUCCAAAGUCAAUCAUUUAGUUUGGUAAAUAAAAGAAAUCAUAGCCGUGACGGUGAUUUCCACGAUGUUAUUAGACCUCUGUUUUAUUGUCCUUUGCUCAGUUUCGAUUGAGAGAAUAUUAUUAUUAUUAUUGAUUAUGAUUAUGAUUAUGAUUAUUAUUAUUGUUAUUAUUAUUAUUAACUCUCAGGACAGUGUUUACAACAUUUCCAAAUACCAAGACAUUCGUCACGUAUUCUUCUCGAAGAGAGAGUAUAGCGAGAGGGAAUUGGUGCGAGACGAAUGUGUCGCCUCAAUCUCUUCUCGUCUUCCUGCUCCAUACUACCUAGUAAAUUUCGAAAGAGAAGCAGCAGUGUAAACCCAAAAUUUCAGUUACGAUUUAAUGACUCUGUAAACAUUUCUUUCCCUUUAAUGAAUGUUUUUACUCGCGUUGUGUUCAGCAAAGGCAACAUAUAUAUCCCAUAUAUUUUACACAUGACAACAACUCAGACAAAGGUCUGGCCAGGUUAGCAAUCACUCAGCUAGCAGAAGAAUUGUACAGUUUGUGUAAUUUAUACCACAGCAGGUUUAGAAUGCAAACUGUGAUAGGUUUACUAAUGUGUUUGCACCACUCAGAAAAUAAUAAUCAUAAAGUCACGUUGCAAUUUUGGAUUUUUUCAAAACAUUGUUUUCAUGCAACAUUUCAAGUGGCCGUAUUAAAAAUCCAUAGUAUGCCUUGUAUGCCCUUGCCUACAGCACAGGAUCACCACAGGUAUAUGCAGCAACCUUAUUAAACUUGCUUUUAUUUCCAUUGCAUAUUGCAAACAAGAUGUUCAAAAUUUCUGUUUCUUAAUUGGGUGUCGGCUGAAUAACAAGCACUCCUCUUACUGACUCAGGGAGGAAAGAAGACAGGACAUGAGAGAGUGCUAAAUAUUCAAGCCUCUCUCGCCUAAAUUGAAUAUCAAGUUCUUGUGUAUGACUGUUGUGAAUGCAGAGUCAACGAAUUAUAAUAGGCUAAUCACAACUUCAUUUACCCUUGUUUAGGGAAGGUGUCCCAUACCUGGCUAGGGA